AUGUUGAUGAAUGAUAGGAUGCCAGUGCUAAUGAAUGAUGGGAUGCCGGUGCUGAUGAAUGAUGGGAUGUUGGUGCUGAUGAAUAAUAGGAUGUCGAUGUUGAUGAAUGAUAGGAUGCCGGUGCUGAUGAAUGAAAUGAAUGAUAGGAUGUCGGUGCUGAUGAAUGAUGGGAUGUCAAUGUUGAUGAAUGAUGGGAUGUUGGUGCUGAAGAAUGAUGGAAUGCCGGUGCUGAUGAAUGAUGGGAUGCCGGUGCUGAUGAAUAAUAGGAUGUCGAUGUUGAUGAAUGAUGGAAUGCCAGUGCUGAUGAAUAAAGGAAUGCCGGUGCUGAUGAAUGAUGGGAUGUUGUGA